AUGCCUCCGACAAAGAAAUUUCACGUUGGAAAGAAUACAUUGAAGGCAAGAAAAGUAAAAACGAAGAGGGUAAAGGAAACGCCAUAUACACGUAAACAUCGUUUAGAAUCAGUGCGUUUGCAAAUGUGUGAAUCGAGGGCAAACGAAACACCAUAUAAUCGUGAAAAUCGUUUGGAAUCAGUGCGUUUGAGAAUGUGUGAAAUAAGAGCAAAUAAAACUGUUGAUAAUCGUAAAGUUCGCCUAGAAGCUGAUAGAUUAAGAAAGAGUGAAUUAAGAGCAGCUGAAACAUCUGUUCAACGUGAAGUUCGCCUAAAAUUAAACCGCGAAAGAGCAGUAGCAUCCAGGAAAUCUGUUUGGACAAAUUUGAACAAUGAAGCAUUCAAAUAUGACAAACAGAUUGAUUAUAGUUUGCAUCCAAAUGUUUCAAUUGGAAAAAUGGAUAGUCUCUGUUUGCAUUGCCAUGCACUUAAAUUCCAUAAAGAGUCACCCGGAAUGUGUUGUUCAAAUGGAAAAGUUGUGUUGCCACCGUUGAAUGAUCCGCCUGAACCACUUCGAACAUUUGUAUCGGGUACUGAUCCAUUAUCAAGGCACUUCCAACAAAACAUUCGGAAGUACAAUUCAUGCUUUCAAAUGACGUCGUUUGGAGCAUCGGAAAUUGUUGGCGCUAAUGGUUAUAUGCCAACGUUCAAAGUUCAAGGACAAGUUUACCAUACAAUUGGUUCACUUUUGCCUGUACCUGAAGAAGAGUCUAAAUUUCUUCAGAUUUAUUUUAUGGGUGAUUAUGAAAAGGAGAUUGAUCAACGUUGUGCUGUUAUUAAAGGAAUGAAACGUGAAAUUGUUGCACAUUUACAAGCAUUAUUCCAUGAGCACAACCAUUUGAUUCAGUCGUUCAAAGUCGCAAUGGAACAAAUGCCUUUAAAUAAUUGCAAAGUCAUCAUAAGAGCAGAUAAAGCACCAACUGGAGAGCAUGAACGUCGAUUUAACGUCCCAACGAUUGACGAAGUUGCAGUAGUUAUAGUUGGAACUGAGUUUGAAAAACGAGAUAUUGUUAUUCAGAAACGAGAUUCAAGCUUACAACGCGUGGCUGAAACACACCGAUGGUACGAUGCUCUUCAAUAUCCAUUGUUAUUCUGGCAAGGAGAAGAUGGGUACCACUUUCAAAUAAAGCGAAUUGAUCCCAACACAGGAAAACCGGACCAAAAUAAUAAAAAGGUUUCGUGUAUGGAUUUUUAUGCAUAUCGUAUGAUGUUGAGAGCCAAUCAAACAACUCACAUCUUACAGUGUCGACAACUUUUCAACCAAUUCAUCGUUGAUAUGUAUGCUAAAAUGGAAAGUGAACGACUUUUAUUUAUACGAUUAAAUCAGAAGAAACUACGUGUAGAAGAAUACAUUCAUUUGCGAGAUUCAAUUGCAAAUGAUGGAAAUGUAGGUGAUAUCGGGAAAUUGGUUAUACUACCAUCUACAUAUAUCGGAAGUCCAAGGCACAUGCAAGAGUACACUCAAGAUGGCUUAACAUAUUGCCAAAAAAAGGGAAAACCAGGUCUGUUCAUCACGUUUACAUGCAACCCAAAAUGGUCUGAAAUACAAGAGUUGCUGUUACCAGGACAAUCCCCAGCAGAUCGCCAUGACAUCAUUGUCAGAGUUUUCAAACAAAAGUUAACGAAGCUGAUGGAUGUAAUAAUAAAAUGUAAGAUAUUUGGCGAAGUAACAUGUUGGAUGUAUACCAUUGAAUGGCAGAAAAGAGGAUUACCACACGCACAUAUUUUGAUUUGGCUGAAAAACCAACUUUCGCCGAUUCAAAUUGAUGACAUUAUUAGUGCAGAAAUACCCGAUCCAAAGGAAGAUCCAAAACUUUUUGAAAUUGUGUGUAGACAUAUGAUUCAUGGACCAUGUGGAUCAUUGAACGUACAUUCACCAUGUAUGAAAGACGGAAAAUGUACAAAAAGAUAUCCGCGAGAAAUGAUUCAAGAAACGCAAACUGGAAACGACGGAUAUCCGUUGUAUCGACGACGAAAGCCAAACGAUGGUGGACACAAAACCCUUAUCAAGAUGAGAAGUGUUGAUGUAGAAAUUGAUAAUAGCUGGGUUGUGCCAUAUUCCCCAUUAUUGUCAAAAAUGUUCAAUGCUCAUAUCAAUAUUGAAUGUUGCAAUUCUGUUAAAUCAAUCAAAUACAUUUGCAAAUACAUCAACAAAGGCAGUGAUAUGGCGAUUUUUGGUCUAUCCAGUGAAAAUAGAUCAAAUGAUGAAAUCACACAAUUUCAAAUGGGUCGAUAUAUUAGCAGUAAUGAAGCUGUUUGGCGCAUCCUUGGUUUCAAUAUACAUGAGCGUUAUCCUGCAGUUAUGCAUCUUGCAGUGCACUUGGAGAACGGACAACGAGUGUACUUCACUGAACAAAAUGCUCGAGAAAGAGCCAAUCAUCCACAGAAUACAACAUUAACAGCUUUCUUUCAACUGUGUCAAAAUGAUGCAUUCGCUAGAACGUUACAUUAUCCUGAGGUUCCAAAAUAUUACACUUGGGAUAUGACACAAAAACAAUUUUUCAGGAGAAAAAAUGGUAGAUAUGUAGCUGAUUAUGCUGGUAUACGUGAAACCGACACAAUAGGAAGAGUAUAUACCGUUCAUCCAAACUAUGCUGAAUGUUACUACUUGCGAAUUCUGCUUCACGAAGUUAGGGGUCCGACAUCAUUUCAAGCAUUAAAAACUAUAAAUGGUGUCGAGUAUCAAACAUAUAGAGAAGUAUGUUUAGAGCUUGGCUUACUUGAAAAUGAUCAACAUUGGGAUACGACAUUAACGGAAGCGUCUCUCUCGAGUCAUCCAAAACAAAUACGUAUGCUAUUUGCAAUCAUUUUAACCACAUGUGCACCAUCUGAUCCAAAAGGUUUGUGGGAAAAACAUAAAGAGAGCAUUAGUGAAGACAUACUUCGACAAGCACGCAGAGCAAACCCUGAUUUGGCAAUUCAGUUUUCGGAAGAGAUGUUCAAUGAGGCACUAAUAUUACUGGAAGAUGUAUGUAUGUCAAUCAAUAACAAAUCUCUAUGUCAGUUGGGGUUGCCAUCGCCAACACGUAAUACCAACAAUAUUUAUGACCACGACCUAUUACGUGAAAAGCAGUACGAUGUAGUUAAGCUUCGAACUUACGUUGAAGCCAAAAAAAGACUAUUAACAGAAGAUCAGAAGCAUGCUUACACAACAAUACUGCAACAAGUAGAACGUGAUAAUGGCGGCAUUUUCUUCCUUGAUGCACCAGGAGGCACUGGAAAAACAUUUCUUCUGAAUUUAUUAUUAGCGGAAAUACGAUCAAGAAAUGAAAUUGCAGUCGCUGUAGCAUCGUCUGGAAUUGCUGCAACGUUACUCGAAGGUGGACGAACUGCACAUUCAGCAUUCAAGCUUCCAUUAAAUUUGAAUCAAGCGGAAACACCUACUUGCAAUAUUGGUAAAAGAUCGGGUAUGUCUGCAUCAUUAAAAAUCACAACUAUUGUUAUAUUCAUUACACUAAGACACUCUAAUGGAAUUUCUACAGGGAUGGCUACAAUACUGAAGACAUCCAAAAUUAUUAUUUGGGACGAGUGCACGAUGAUUCACAAAAAAGGCCUCGAAGCAUUAGAUCGAACACUGCGAGACUUAAGAGGAAACGAUCAAAUAAUGGAAAAUGCACUGAUAUUGUUAUCGGGAGAUUUUCGACAAACAUUACCAGUAAUUCCAAGAUCAACGCCUGCAGAUGAAGUCAAUGCGUGCCUAAAAGCAUCACAUCUUUGGAGGUAUGUCAAAAAGAUCCAGCUGACAACAAACAUGCGUGUACAUCUACUCAAAGAUGCAUCAGCAGCGGUAUUUGCACAACAACUUUUGGAUAUGGGUGAUGGUAAGUUUCCGGUUGAUACAAAAACACAAGAAAUAAAGUUUCCGCCAAAUUUUUGUCAAUUGGAACCAACACUUAAAGAUAUAGAAAAUAGAGUGUUUCCCAAUGUUUCGAUCAAUUAUCGCAAUCAUGAUUGGCUUUAUGAACGGGCAAUUUUAGCACCAAGGAAUGAAAAUGUCAACAAAAUCAAUCAUCAAGUUCAAUUACAUCUGCCAGGUGCUGUAAUGAAAUUCAAAUCAAUCGACACCGUAGUAGACGAGAAUCAAGCGGUAAAUUAUCCAAUUGAGUUUCUCAAUUCACUGGAACCUCCCGGGAUGCCUCCACAUAUAUUAACAUUGAAAGUUGGCUCACCAAUAAUGCUGAUCCGUAAUUUGCAUCCACCAAAACUUUGUAACGGAACGAGAUUGGCUAUUAAAAAGCUAAUGCCACAUUUAAUUGAAGCAACUAUUAUUGGUGAUAAAUAUAAAGGAGAGGACGUUCUAAUUCCGCGCAUUCCAAUGAUAACCACGGAUCUGUCAUUAGAAUUCAAAAGAUUACAGUUUCCAGUGCGCCUUGCAUUUGCAAUAACAAUCAACAAAGCACAAGGGCAAACAUUGAAAACAGUUGGAUUGAAUUUAGAAAAUCCAUGUUUUGCACAUGGCCAACUUUUCGUAGGUUGCGGUAGAGUGGGAUCACCAAAAAAUUUAUUUAUUUAUACACCAAACAAUAAAACAAGAAAUAUUGUUUAUCCCCUAGCUCUACAAUAA